AGAACUCAUGUAUAAUAUCGACUACAUUUGCUCAACAUGAAUCUGGUCCAUUGCUCGCUGAUAUUCUUUCUCGCUAUAGAUAUACCAUUUACUAUACUGUUAUUCGGUUUCUACUCCAAUAGUUGGAUUUUCUAUAUCAAUAUUAUUCCGAAAGCUUUCAACUAUGUGAGGUACACGACUACUCCAAUAGAUUUCGUAGUAAUGGCUGCUAUUCGUACCUUGCUGCUAGUGGCUGUUUGCAUUUAUAUACGGGUUUCUGAGCGGGUAGUGGAUCUGAAAAUGCCCAGCUUGGGCAUAGCCACUGCUAUAUAUUGCCUCACACUGGUGAAACUGCUGUGUUUCUCUGAACAUCCUGAAAUGCUCACAUAUCCUGGGCUAUGGAUGAGCAUAGCAUGGUCAAUAUUAGGUGCUAUGAUGUUUUUCGUGCUGUGUUGGCAGCUAACUGCUCAACAACUGGCCGGAUAUGGACCUUUGCAAGAGUCAGAACAUAAUCCAGUAUUAGACACAAAGCCAAGGCAGAGCACAUGGCAGCUUACGAAGUUUCUUUUCGGUUACGCCUGGGAGCAACGGAAGUGGUUUGGUGUUGGGGCGGUUUUUCUUCUCCUUUAUUCUGUUCCUCGAAUCUUCAUACCGUAUUACAUUGGACAAGCUCUGGCUGAUACUGCUAGUAGUGGUGGAAUGCAUGCGCUUGUUCGCGCCAUAGUUGUCUUGGGUCUUUUGGCAUUGUGCAGCACACUCUUCGGAGGUUUACGAGGUGGCACCUUCACCUAUGCAACAGCUUUGGUUGCCAAGCAGAUACGACUCGAUCUCUUUCGUUCAUUAGUAAAACAAGAAAUAGCUUUUUUUGACGUGACCAAAUCAGGGGAAACUGUAUCUCGUCUUGCCUCGGACUGCCAAGUUAUGGCAACAAACGUAUCUACGCAUCUCAAUGUUUUUCUUAGAAAUUUAGUGAUGUGUGUCGGCUCCUUAGUAAUCAUGUUUUACAUGUCAUGGCAAUUGACUAUGGUUACCUUUAUUGCUGUUCCUUUUACGGGUUUCAUUACAAAGUGGUAUGGAAGCUAUUACGAUAAACUCUCCGAAGAAACGCAGACAACGGUAGCAAAAGCUAAUCAGAAGGCAGAAGAAGUGUUGAGCACCAUUAGAACAGUAAGAUCUUUCGCUAGCGAGUUGUUCGAACUGAAAAUGUUUGAAGACGAUUUGGAUGUCACGUUGGAUGUAAGCCGAAAGAAAUCACUAGCUUACAUGGGCUAUACUUGGAACAAUGAGUUCAAUUCAAAUGGUGUACUAAUAGCUGUGCUAUUCUACGGUGGACAUCUGGUAAUGAAAAAUGAGAUGUCACCCGACACGUUGCUCAAAUUUAUGCUCUACCAAUGGGAGCUGAGUGAGUAUGUUUAUUGGCUUGCAUUUGUUGUUGCUGGUAUAAUGGACUGCAUAGGGGCAUCAAGAAAAGUAUUUGAAUACAUGCAUCGUAAACCUUCUAUGCCAUUUGAUGGCGAUCAACGGCCAAUACUGCAAGGAACUAUACGUUUUGAAGAUGUCUACUUUACUUACCCAUCUCGUCCCAAUAAUCAUGUCUUAAAAGGUCUCAAUCUUACUAUUGAAGCAGGCACCACCGUAGCCUUAGUGGGUCCUAGUGGUGGAGGGAAAUCAUCGAUUGUAGCACUGAUACAGCAUAUGUAUGAACCGGACAGUGGUUUGAUCACUAUUGAUGGGAUCCCAAUACAAAAUGUUGAUCAUGAGUAUUAUCAUGAACGGGUAGCGCUAGUAGCGCAGGAGCCAAUACUGUACAAUGGAACAGUUCGUGAAAAUAUUCUCUAUGGUUGCGAUUGGGCUACUGAAGAAGAAAUGCUGGAAGCGUCAAAAUUGGCGAAUGCACACGAUUUUGUGAUGGAAUUGGAAAAAAAUUAUGACACCCCAUGUGGUGAAAAAGGAGUGCAAAUGUCUGGAGGACAAAAACAGCGGAUUGCCAUUGCACGUGCAAUGGUGCGAAAUCCAUGUGUGCUUAUAUUGGAUGAAGCAACGAGCGCUUUGGAUGCAGAAUCCGAAGCACAAGUGCAAGAAGCGAUCAAUAGGUGUGCGGGUCAACGAACUGUUCUCAUAGUUGCCCAUCGUCUUUCGACAGUAGAAAAUGCAGAUACGAUAGUUGUCAUAGAUAAAGGAAACGUUGUUCAGUCUGGUACUCACGAUGAACUUAUGGAAGACCUGCAAGGUCUUUACUAUGCUCUUAUUUCGAAACAAUUGCUCAUUUCUAUGAAUUAG